AUGAUGUUUCAUGAUUCAAACGAGAUAUCAUUGCUUGCGGAUGUUCAAAAGCAGCCGCCAGCUUGCAGCAAGGAAGACCACGAACACCGCGAGCUGCAGAGUCAGACGAAAGGUGACAACACAGCUGGGAGAACAUCCCGCGCGUUGUCGUCGUCACCGCUCCUCAGCCUCCCGUACGAGCUCAGGCAAAAGGUUUUCGAACUCGUCUUCAUGGACUCCUCUGAGAUAUUUCCACCCCAGAAGGCAUGCGCUACAUCAAGGCUUUUCGGCAUGGUAGGCGACCGGUACAAGGUCUCUCGUCGGGGAUCAAGGACCGACGCCGCGAACAAAAAUGUUGUGCAAGCUCUUCUUCUCUGCCGUCAAAUUUACAGAGAAACACGCUUGAUGCCUCUCCAAGUCAAUUGGGUCAAGUGUCCUGCAACCAUGGGAUCGAAUACUUCGGCAACAAAACAUUUCUUGGACGUACUGAAGCCGUUUCAGCGACGAGCAAUUCGGAAGCUGGAGCUACACCUCCUCGCAAGUGUGUCGGAAGCAUGGUCUCUGAGGUCGAUUCUUAGGUCAAUAGCGGGCGUGAUGGGGACGAACGGUGCCAGUGACUUGGUGGAGAGCAGUGGUGGCGCAGACAUCGAAAUUAACUGGAACGAGAGAGAAAAGGCCGACCACAAGCCCGAAAAGGACUCAGACGAGUCGGGCGGCGGCUGCAGCUUGCGAGAAUUGACACUGCAUAUCACAACGCGAGAUCUGCUGUUGGCGCAGGCCGACUCGAUGGUGGGAUUGCUGCACAUCCUGACAAUCGCUCCUUCUUCUCAGGAUCGUCCGUCAACUACAUUCGCCUACACGGCAUCCUGGGUCACUGAAGGUCUUGUCUUCCUCAAGUCCCUUCAGAAAUUGACCAUUGUGAUCGAGUCCAGUGUCUCCGUCGCCACGCAAAUCACUUCCGCCGAGAGAAGGCAAUUUGAGCUGGCACUCAAAUUGUCCUUGUCGUGCGUCGACGUGACGGUCGAAUGGAGAGUGCAGAGAGACAUGAUUCUCGGCAUGGAUGACAGCGAAUGGGUGGAUUUCGUCUGGCUGCACGACUCGACCAUAUCUGCACAAGGGCAGGGGGAGACUGAACCUGUGAUGGGACGGAAAGUCGGGUUCUCCAGUUGGACGAGCAUCCUCUCGUAA